AUGCCAAGUCAUGGUAUCAUUUUUGCAACCUCCAACUUCAAGGCGCAUGACCUCAAUGAUGAAAAGGAUCAGCUCCCUGCUUCAGAGCUUAUGAUGCAAGUCUGGGAUGAGGUAGCCGGUUCCAAGAAAGACGACCUCAAAUGGGUGGUUCGCUCUCAUAUUGUCAACGAGGGAACACAGAGUAUCAUCUCGGAGGCGCUCAAGAAGCUUAGCUCUGGAGAGAAGCAGCUGACUCAGGUCACCCAGGAUUGCGACAAGGAGGUAUUUCAAGCAUUGUCAGGCACUCCUAACUGCAAGGGCAUGUAUCCCACCCUUGCCUUUCACGAGGGAACUCAGAACAAGAGGGUGACCGAUCUUUAUGUCUGGGAUGAGGGUGGCCAGAACUACUUCAUCGCUAUGAAGAUUGGAAACAAAUAGAUAUGGUAAUGAAACAUUG